AUUGGAUAAAGUGCAUAAAGUAAAUGGGACACUUAAGAUGAAUAGGAGGGAGUAUUAUCCAAGUAUGAUGCAACCAAGCAAGUAGGUGUUUCCUUGGACACUAGUAAUUGUUAUGAGGGGAACUGACCUAGCUAUUUAGGUAUUACCUAGGACAGGACUUUCAGUGACCUAUGAUAUUACUUUCCAUAUAUACACGCUCUUUUCAUUUUAUUGAGACCAUAAUAUUUUUUUUUUAAAAAAGGUUAUAUAUAGGUAUAUAUAAUGUUCGUAAUUUUAAUAGAACAUAAGAAUACAGUAUAAAUAUAGAAUUUUGUAUUUCAUUCUCCAUCAGGAAUACCAUUACCCAAAUUUAGCCAUCAGCAUCACCAUUCCUAUAAUCUUGUACCUAACUAUAAAAAAAAAAAAAAAAGUGCUAGAAAUUCCCACAAUAAACAAUUUGGUACAUAAUCGUCUAAUAGCUAGCAAGCUAGGUGCAAUAGAUAAACAAAAUAGGGUUAAUACAUACAAUAUCAAUGAUGCCUUCUGUAGGAGCCCUAAUCUUCUUCGUUGUUUUCUUCUUCUUUAAUGCAUUCGCUUCAGAUGAAGUACCAAAAUUCAAUUAUUUAAACCCGGAGAAAUGGGGAAGCCUACAUCCAAAAUAUGCAGCUUGCUCCAAAGGAAAACGACAAUCCCCUUUGAAUAUUAACACCAAUGAAGCUGUCAUUACCGAAUCCUUGCAACCCUUGACCAGAUUUUACCAUAUUUACAAUGCUUCUUUGUCUACCGAUGGAAUUGAUGUUGAGAUAAAAUUCCAAGGACGAGGAGAAUUGAUAAUUGAUGGCAAGACAUACAACUUGAAGCAGAUGCAUUGGCAUACUCCUUCUGAACACCAUUUCAAUGGUGUCCAAUACGCAUCAGAGCUGCACCAAGUACAUGUAGCUGAUGAUGGAAGUCGGGCAGUCGUUGCGAUCCUCUACAAGUACGGACCUCCUGAUCCUGUUCUUACCAUGUUAAAGCCCCAGUUGGAAGAACUAGCAAAAAAGCCUUGUCAAGGUCAUGAAACACAAGUAGCCAUUCCAAAAUUUGAGUCAAUGUUCUUAAAUAGGAGGCCACGCAAGUAUUACAGAUAUCCUGGUUCACUUACUACUCCUCCUUGUGAUGAGAAUGUUACAUGGAAUAUUGUUUGCAAGGUGAAAACGAUAUCAGAGGAUCAAAUUGAAGCUCUAAAGGCUCCUCUUUGUGAGGCAAAUAGGAAGAGGAAUGCAAGGCCUAUCCAACCACUCAAUGGAAGAAAAGUUGAAGCAUAUGCUGCCAAUUAGCCUGUAUCCCCUUUUCUUUCUAAACGCACCAAAAAAAAAAAAAAAAAAAGAAAAUGGGUGUUUACCAUAAUUUCACCAGGUGGAAAAUAAAAAAUAUAUCAUAUUGUAUAAAAUGAAAAAGGCCAAGUUAUAAUAAUUUGCAAACAUAAAUGCAAUUUUAUUAUAGCUAGGACUACUAUAGUUGUAAAUUAAUAAAAAAAAAAUCUUUUUCUAA